AUUAAAGUAGUACACCACUUCGCAGAGCCAGAAACACAGAGAAAAGAUAAAGAGUUUUUUUUUUUUGGGGGGGGGGGGGGGAAGGGGUUGGUGAUUCAGUUCUCUCUCACAGAAAUGAAGUUGUUCCAUAAAAUACAAAAACUAAUGCAUCAGAUGGGCAGCAACUCAGAUCAGAUCAACGUUGUGAUCAUUAAAUCAUCAGUGGCAGUGAGGGUGGAGAGAGCAGAGCUCUCAAAAUUUACAACCUACAGCUAGCUAGCUAGCUAGCUAGCCUCUCUGGAGUUCUCAACAGUACUCUCCAGUGUGAGCAAAGUAGGCAGUGGGUAUCUGGAGAAAUGCAGUGAGGAAGAACCAUUGGUUCUGGUCCAGAACAGAGCAGAACAGAGCAGAGCAGGACAUAGCACAGGAAUCGCCGAUCGAGAAUUGAAAUCCGUCAAAUGGGGAAGAUCCUAGCUCCUAUUUCGCGUAAAAAGGGAAUCCGCGAAGUUUCCAGCGACGAAUCCCGCCGGAAGAGCAGGCACGCGGCGGAGGACGGCGGGGAACUGUUCAAGUGCUCCGGUAGACAUUGCCGGUCGUGCGCCGGUGGCGUGGUGGCCGACUGCGUGGCCGUCUGCUGUUGCCCCUGCGCGGUGUUGAACCUGCUGGCUCUGGCGCUGAUUAAGGUGCCUUGGACGGUGGGGAGGAGGUGUUUGGGGCUCGGGAAAAGUGGGUCUCGGAAGCUGGAAACGAGGGGAAAAUGCAGGAAGAGUGAGUGCGACUGCGUGAUUGAGAGGGACAGAAAGUCAAGGAGGGCAAAAGUUGCGGAGCUGGAGCCGGAAAUCUCAUCGGGAUUUAUUCAAGUAGAUGACGAACAUGGUGGGUCGUUCGCGAGGUUGGAGGCAGAGAAGGUCUGGUCGGAGUUGUAUGAAGAUGGCCAUCUGGGUUUCGGCAGGGUUUCAUUCAGAGAAAAUCAAUCUCAAUCUCCACCGAGCAGAGGCAAUUAGGGAAGACAAAAAAAAAAAAAAAAAAAAAAAAUCCCAUUUCGUUCUCAGCUUAAAAAUCGCAGAACUCAGCUUGUUGAUCACACCAGUGAACGCUCUGUUUUUCCGCAAGGAGGGAGGAGAGAUGCAUUUGUGCUCUGUUUUUGGAUUAUACAAUCAUAAUCAUAAUUAUUACUUUAUUAUUAUUAAUAGCGAUUUUGAAAUGCAGAUACGUUUAAAUGUGCUCUUACCUUUUCCAUGAA